AUGCUUCUGAUAAAGUUUCGUGAAGAUUUCGUAAAAUAUCUCAUGGGACUAAGUUUGAAUCCAGCAGCAGUGUCGUCCGGUGCAUCAUGCGCAGCACCUGUACAACCACAAGAUGCCCAAGACAAACUUCAACUUAUACCUUCGUCGUCGUUACAAGGGUCCUCUGAACCACCUCGAUCGCCUGCUAAUGUUGCGAGUCGCUUAUCGACAAACGGAGGUGCACGAGUUCCAUUACAAAACUUUCAUUACUUAGAAAAACUACCACCCACCGCUAAGAAAGCCGUUCCAGCCAAACCUUGCCGCUUUUGCACAAAAAACAAGAAGCGAAAGGAAUCAUUGUUUGUGUGUGCUACUUGCCCUGAAAAGCCUGCCUUAUGUGUAAAUAAUUGCUUUAAAAUUUUCUAUACUGAUCCUCGUAUUACAUAG